AUGGAAAAGUUAUUGAGAAUAAUACAGGUGUUCAUGGUUGGUGUUGUUGUAUAUGUGAUUAAAUUAUUCCUAAGAAUAGUGUGAUAUAAUUUGCUUUUAAAAUAAUUAAAUUGGGUAGUGGCAUUAUGAUUGGAAUUGGUUUUAGGGAUAUUCAUUAAUCUUAUAUUAAUUAUUAUUCAAUUGGAUGAGGGUAUAUUUAUAAUAUUAAUAGUUCAAAAUAGAACAUAUAACAUAGAUAACAAUGGUUCUUGUUAUAAUCAUGAUUAACCAGAUAAAAACGAUAAAUAAAUAGCUUUUGGAUAUUCUACAAAUGACAUAAUUAUUGUUGAAGUGGAUAUUAUAAAGAAGUACGUGAAAUGGAAAAAGUAAUCCACAAAUAAAUCAUUAGUAUCAAUUUCUAUUUAUUAUUAGACUUUCUCUAUUGAUACAACCAAAGAUUUGUAUUCAUGUGUACAUUUAUUAGGAUAUUGUAAAGUAGAGAUAUUAAAUUUAGUGUGA